CGGGCCCCGCCUCCCCGGCGCGCGGGCUGCAGUGGGAUUUCCCCUCGCCUCCGGUUGGGGCUGCUGUUUCGCUUCGCCCACGAUAAAUCUGCAUCUGAUGAUGAAACAAGGCCUCGAGAGCCAUCAUGUUAACGACUCCCUCGCUUCAGAGAGAUGACAUCUGUCGCUCUGCCCAAGGCCCAUCCUCCUAGCUGGUUCAUAACCACCCUCCUCUCGUGGAUGAUGCCUUCUGCACACCUUGCCACCACGAAGGGGCCUUCCAUGCACACUAAUUUCACAGGGCCUAUAAUCACCAACAGCCUGGAGGAAGCUAGUCGCCCUUUACAAGUAUGGUCGCAGUUGCCUCACUUCCUGUGUCAUGUGACUCUCAUAGUUAUCACAUGAUCCACUCCAUUACACCGGAAUUAACCCGCAGGGCUAACCCAGUGUCUAUAGCUACCGCAGGCACCUGCAUCCCUGUUUUUAUUUAGUGGAUCCUCUAUCCCUCCAAGGCUCUGGGAACCCUGCAGUCUUCUCAUCUGGUGACACUGAGAAGAUGGAGCUUUCAAAUCCUCCCAAAGAGGAGUGUCACAAGCCCCUGCGCAGGGGAGGCAUCAUGGCCACCAGCCUCAUAGGGUUGCUUCUGCUCCAGGCAGUGUCGGGGAUAUCUGGCGCCCGCCCCUGCAGCCCUAAGAGCUUUGGCUACAGUUCUGUGGUCUGUGUCUGCAAUGCCACAUACUGUGACUCCCUGGACCCCCUGACCCUGCCUGCCCUUGGCACCUUCAGCCGCUAUGAGAGUACACGCAGUGGGCGCCGGAUGGAACUGAGCGUGGGGAGCUUCCAGGCCAAUCGCGCAGGCACAGGGCUGCUACUGACCCUGCAGCCAGAUCAGAAAUUCCAGAAAGUGAAGGGAUUUGGAGGGGCCAUGACAGAUGCUGCUGCUCUCAACAUCCUUGGCCUGUCACCCCCUGCCCGGGAUUUGCUACUCAGGUCAUACUUCUCUGAAGAAGGAAUUGAAUACAAUAUCAUGCGGGUGCCCAUGGCCAGCUGUGAUUUCUCCAUCCGCACCUACACCUAUGCUGACACCCCUGACGACUUCCAGUUGCAAUACUUCAGCCUCCCAGAUGAAGAUGUUAAGCUCAAGAUACCCCUGAUUCACCAAGCCCUGCAGCUGGCCCGACGCCCCAUCUCACUCUUUGCCAGUCCCUGGACAUCACCCACUUGGCUCAAGACCAAUGGAGCAGUGAAUGGGAAGGGGACACUCAAGGGUCAGCCGGGGGAUCGCUACCACCAGACCUGGGCCAGAUACUUUGUCAAGUUCCUGGAUGCCUAUGCUGAGCACAAGUUAAAGUUCUGGGCAGUGACAGCCGAGAAUGAGCCAUCUGCAGGGCUAUUCAGCGGGUACCCCUUCCAGUGUCUGGGCUUCACCCCUGAACACCAGCGAGACUUCAUCGCCCGUGACUUGGGUCCCACCCUCGCCAAUAGUACACACCGCGAUGUCCUUCUGCUCAUGCUGGAUGACCAGCGCUUACUGCUGCCCCACUGGGCCCAGGUGGUGCUGGCAGACCCAGAGGCAGCUAAGUACGUUCAUGGCAUCGCUGUACAUUGGUACCUGGACUUUCUGGCUCCAGCAAAAGCCACCCUGGGGGAGACACACCGCCUGUUUCCCAACACCAUGCUCUUUGCCUCAGAGGCCUGUGUGGGUUCCAAGUUCUGGGAGCAGAGUGUGCGGCUAGGCUCCUGGGACCGAGGGAUGCAGUACAGCCACAGCAUCAUUACGAAUCUUCUCUACCACGUGGUCGGCUGGACUGACUGGAACCUCGCCCUGAACCCCGAAGGCGGGCCCAAUUGGGUUCGCAACUUUGUCGACAGCCCCAUCAUUGUGGACAUCGCCAAGGACACGUUCUACAAACAGCCCAUGUUCUAUCACCUUGGCCACUUCAGCAAGUUCAUUCCUGAGGGCUCCCAGAGAGUGGGGCUGGCUGCCAGUGAGAAGAAUGACUUGGAGACAGUGGCACUGAUGCAUCCCGAUGGCUCUGCAGUCGUGGUCGUGUUGAACCGCUCCUCUAAGGAUGUGCCUCUCACCAUCGAGGAUCCUGCCCUGGGCUUCCUGGAGACCAUCUCACCUGGCUACUCCAUUCACACCUACCUGUGGCGACGCCAGUGCCAGUGAUGGAGCAGAUACUAAGCAGGCCCCCGGGCUCUGCGUGGGCAUUAAAGGCACAGAGUCAGCUCACAUGCUGUCUGUGGCUAAAGGGGGCACAGCAGGGCCGGGGAGGGCUAAAGUGACGUAAGCCCCGGGCAGUGGUUAGGGUGACUCACUCUCCCCCCCUAGCUGGUGCCAGGGGCUGAGGCCUCUAGAGAAAAGAUCUGGAAGCCCCAAUGGCCCCCCACCCGCAUGCUUGUGUGAGUGUGUGCUAUGUGCCUGUGGAAACUGGGCGCAGGCCCAGAGUGAGCUCACUGUCUGUACAAACACAAGAUGGGGAGGGGUGAGGAAAGAGACUAGAAAAGCUGGACCCAAAAUGGGACUCUUUGUCUUUCCUGGAGAUGCAGAAUUGGACUAGGCAGGAGCAAUGUCAGCAUCAGGGCACAGGCAGCUGAAGACGCUUAGCACCAUGGGUAGGCUUAGGUACCCAGAUGGCCUCCGUGGCACAAGCUAGGAGAAAGAUGGUGGCCCUUUAAAAGAGUGGCGGUCUGAUCCCAGUCGGAGUGAGCAGGUUUAUUUUAGGAAUGGCAACCCAUUUCUGGGUGUACCAACAAUGGGGAGACAGGGACCGCUGGAAUGCAUGACAGUAGAAAAAUCAGUCCUGGGGGCAUGAGGACAAAUCAUUCCUCUUCAUCCUCCUCAGCCAUGCCCAGGGAGCGUGUGCCUGGGGCCCGGGCUGGUGUUGCCCGCUGGAUAGAGACAAUGCCGCUGAGCAAGGCAUAGCCCACCAUGGCUACCAGCCCUGCUAGCACAGAGAGGAUCUGGUUCCGGCGCCGGUAUGGCUCCUCUUCAGCCUCUGGGCCUGCUGGUGUCUGGCGUGGAGGUGGCACCUCAGCUGAGGGACAAGCAAGGAAGGUGGGCCAGGGGCUAGUUCCUUGAUCCCUGUCCACUCUCCCCAGGGCUGGUGCCCACCACCGCCCAUCUGCCUCUUACCUCCAUCCCAGGGGAAGUAGAGGCUGAGGAUGUGGGUGCAGUAGGCACAGAGGUUGUGCAGCCCCCGCAGGUGGGCCUGCAGUUUCCCACUGGGCAGCUUGGCUUGCAGCAGCAGGGCCAAGUAGCUAAAGACAAAGGCGUCCAGGGAGGCAGGGCUGGAGCGAGAGAGAAGGGUGGGAUGGAGGGCAGCUGGGGCAGGAGGGUAAAGAUGGAAUGGGAGGAAGAGUCGGUCCUAGGAGGUGGGCUCUGGGCAGCAGGGGAGGCGAGGACACGCAGUUUUGGUGGCGCCAGCCUGGCUCUGAAUGGGACUCUAUCCCAGGUCUGCAUAAAGGGCACAUUGAGUGCCCUGCAGCCUACAAGGCCCCUCCUGUGCCUGGCAGCCCUCCCACCCUCCUGUAAAGGCUCCAGCCCCACACAUAGCCCCACUGUCACCCGACCCAGUGUCUGUCCCAGGACCCUCUUGUUCAGAGCCUGAGCCCACCACAGCCCCUGCAGCUGUAUCUCAACCUGUAUCUCCUUUCAAGCCACCUGUUAUACCCCUGGAUUCAGACUCACGCAUCUCCAAAGAAGAAUUUCUGAGAGCCCAGACGCUGAGAGAGAAGGGUCAGGCACUCACGAGCCUCUUGGUAUAGCUAGAGGGAGGACACAGGUAGGCUCGAGGCUGUGAGAACAGUGCCUCCCCUUCUAGGCAUUCCAUUCCCGCUUUACCCUUGGGGCUCCCCUCAUGCGAAAGCCCCUGCCCCAGAGGUACCUCCUUCUCUAGCUCUUCCUCAUUCUCAGGCCUUUGCUCCCCGCACAGCAGCUGCAGUCGCUCCAUGUACUGCCGCUGCAUGCGGCCAGGCAGGAAGAAGUUGAGAGGAAAGGGCAUAGCCUCUGCAUACCACUUCCGGGUCACUUCCACAUAGUUCUUAGCGUCUAUCCAGAAAGUAUGUAUCUGGAUAUGGGGGUGGGGUUAGAGGGAAGAAGCAGGCCUGAACCAGCAUACCUGCCUGACACAGGGUGGGCUUCUCAUCCCCAUGCUGCUCUGAGUUAGCAUAUGGUAGGGGGUCUGCCUGGUCCCCUCCCACACUGGCCACAAAGGCUGGGUGGUCUGGACAUACUCACCAGCACCGGGAGCAGCUUCUCCUCUAACAGAGACAUGAAGGCCAAGGUGUCUGCCCCUUGCCGGGCUGACAGAUCAUAAUCGGCAUUAUACUUCUGUGGAGGAAAUGUCCAUGAGGUGGAUGCUUGGGUGCUUCCCUAGGGAGGGAGGCCUCUUGUCUGGUGCCACCCUCACUGGCCUGAGAGCAGUAUAGGAGCACAAGGAGCUUUUCCUGCUGAGGCCCCUCACCGGGGCCCAGCCAGUAGCCUGUUGCUGUUGGCGGAAAGCCUGGGCCUUGGAGCCUGCUGGUCGUGAAGGUCCCACAUCCAUGGUGGGGGAGGAAGGAAGGCCCAGCCGCAAACUAGGAGCAGCUCCCAGAGUUUCCACAGAAAGCUGGCAACAUGCCUGCUGACGGCAACUUUCUAGCAUAACUUCCCUGAUCCAGGCACCACAAAGCUAGCAGAGUGGAACACAGACUCAGGUGGGGCAUCAACCAUACCUCAGGGAUACCAUCCUCAAGCUCCUGGCUUGAGGAGGAUACCAUCCUCAAGCUCCAGCUCCAGGCCCCUGGCUUGUUCUCUCACUAUGCAGCUCUUGGCUCUUCUAUUUCAUUCCGUAGCCCAGGUGCCACCACCACACAUACAUUCCAACCAGCCUACCACACCUUUAUAGGCUCCAGUGCCUGCUCCUCUGAACUCCUUUCCACAUCCUGAGUGAGCUUUGACCCCAAAUAACCUCUCAGCAUGAUCCUUAAGUCUCUCUAAGACUCAGUUUCUCUUCUGCAGAAUGGGGGCAGUGAUCUCUUUUCUCUUAGCAUGGCAGUGUUAGGAGAAAACCCUUUGAAAACUGGAAAAGCUGUGUUCACAAAUAAGGAAACUGGGCCCUGGCCCAGUCCUGUCAGGAACAAUGGCUUUUACCAGGAUCCCUCUCUGUGCCUCUCAAGCUGCUAUUAGUUCCCACCUUCUUCAUCUUCGGGGAAGUAGAAAUGAAGAGGAUCCCACUUCUGAUAAUGUGUUCCAUUUUGGAACCAGACCAUGAAAGAUAGAAGAACCCUCAGGAAGCAUCCUCGCUAAGCCCCUUGGUUAUAACAAAUAUGGAGUUGACAGCUCUGAGAGGUUAAACAACUUACCUACACAGCCACAUGGUCAAGGACAGAGUGAAGAACAGUCUAGGCCUCAUUCUGCUUGUAAAACUUUCCCUACCCUGGCUGAAGGCCUCCAUCCUGAGCCCCAUAACCAGCCAGACUUGACCCCUUAAAAAAAGGAACAUGGCCCCUAGAAGUCCCUCUCCUGAGAAGUCUGUUUAAGGGCCUAAUCUGAGGCAACUGCUCUCUUAUUUCCCUUUCCCUUCCAUGUGUCAUCUGCCUAUUCAGCUCUCCCUGCCCACUCAGCAGGGAGAAGGCACCAUGCCUCCCAUGGCACCCCAGCUUAACCCUUAGCUUGCUGUUUACCACCUCACAAGCAACAAUGUGCGUGUCUCUUCCACCUGAUUUUGUGGCCCUUGAAGCUCUGGGUCCCCUGCACCUAACUUGGCAUAUAUUUGGUGCUCAAUAAAUGUGUGUUGUAUUGAACUGACUGACCUUUUCACUGACUUCCCCCACCCCAAGCUACUUAC